AUGCCCAACAUCCCAACCACCCUCUCCAUGACCUCCUCCCUCGGGGCAGCGCCCCGAGCCCUAUCCAACAUCCCCUCCCUCGGCGAACUCCAAAAACAAGCCGAAUCCCUCGGCUCCUCCAUCUCCUCCAACCUCCCCUCCCUCCCCGCCUACUCCAGCCCUCCAGAAUCGCCCCAAAGACUCGGGCAAGUAGCCAAUACAGGUCGUCCCAAUGUCGGUAAAUUUCCUGGCGCGCCGCCGUCUUAUUCUGAAGCCGAUCCGCGCGUGAUGCCGGGUAGGCAAGAGGGUGGGAACAAGUUGAAGAAGGCGUUUCCGGGUUGGAUCAGGUUGCCUCAGGUAGGUAUACCGGGGGAAAUGGUGGUGAGGAAGGAUCUGACUGAGGGAGGAAGGGGACGACCGGUCAUGAAGGAGACAAGAGUGUACGCUGAGAGUGUUAGAAGCAGCAACUCUGUAUCGCAGAACAAUCGACCUCCCCAACCGUCUUUCCUGGAUUGGUGA